AGACAAACCCUUCUACAAACAAGGGAAGCGGCAGCAUUCCCGGAUAGAGAGCAGCGCUAGCUAGCUCUGGCAAUGGCGGCGUUGGAUUUCUCAUCUCUUCUUUCUCUUUCUCGCCCUUAAGAUCCCAACGUGAAAAAGAGAAAAGGAAAGUCUUUUAUUCUUUUGGUUUGCCCAGGCAACAUUGCUCUAUAUAUCUGCAAAAAUAGCGCUCUCUGUCUACUGUUUGACGAUUCGAGGCGACCAUUAUAUAGCCACGUGAAUAGCCUCCAUGUGAACUUGAUAUUUUCUCUCUCCUCCAUUGCUGCUGCUGCUGCUGCUGCUCUCUCUCUCUCUCUCUCUCUCCAGUUUCCCCCUACUGCAAUUCUUUAUUACCCAACUGAGAGACGUUUUCUAUCCUUCAAUGUCAGAAAGAUAAUGAAAUCCGUGCCUUCAUUGCUAUUUGUAGUAGUGUUGCGUCAUGCUGCGUCUGAAUACCCACAGGGCCACAGAGCACUGUGUUUGGUAAUCGUCUUCCUCUGUUUUUUCGGUUCUGUGGCUGUGUAUCUGAAGUCUUUCGACUCAAAUUUGAUGGGGUUGUAGAUGGGUUCUUUAGAAAGUGCUGCGCCGUUGAAACGAGACCACUUUCAUCGUUCUUCUUCAGUUGGUAGAAGCGAGAGACACCCUUUUCUGCAGAGACACAGAUCGAGAUUUUCGCGGGUUUUGCUGUUUAAGAAGCUAGAUUACCUACAAUGGAUUUGCACAGUGGCCGUGUUCUUCUUCUUUGUGGUGCUUUUCCAGAUGUUUCUGCCUGCUUCUGUGGUGGAGAAAUCGGGGAAUUCAACCGGAGAAAUCGAGAUUGUUUCUGGGGAUUUCAAAAUUUUGAAGGAGAUGGGUGGGUUGGAUUUUGGGGAAGAUAUUAGAUUUGAGCCUUCAAGGCUCCUGGCGAAAUUUCAGAGAGAAGCUAUGGUGGUGAAUCAGUCAUCUGCUUCUUACAGGACACGGCACCGUUUUGGGUACAGAAAACCCCAGCUUGCUUUGGUUUUUACGGAUCUAUUGGUAGAUCCACAGCAGAUAUUGAUGGUCACUGUUGCAGCUGCUUUGCAAGACAUUGGAUACACAAUUCAGGUUUAUUCACUUGAAGAUGGUCCUGUUCAUGCUGUUUGGAGAAAUAUGGGAAUUCCAGUCACGGUUAUUCAAACCAUUGAAAACGGGAAUGCUACUGUAGAUUGGCUAAGCUAUGAUGGCAUACUUGUAAACUCUCUUGAAGCCCGGGGUGUCUGUUUUCGUCUUGUGCAGGAACCUUUCAAGUCUUUACCUCUUAUAUGGACCAUCCAUGAAAAAACACUAGCCACUCGUUUAAGACUAUACAAUUCAAGUGGGCUGUUUGAUCUCAUCAAUGAUUGGAAAAAAAUCUUCAACCGUGCAACAGUGGUUGUCUUCCCAAGUUAUGUGCUGCCGAUGAUUUACUCCACAUUUGAUGCUGGGAAUUAUUUUGUAAUUCCGGGUUCUCCUGCUGAAGCAUGGGAAGCAGAUAAUUUUGUGGCUUUGCAGAAAGAUCUACAUGUCAAGAUGAGUUCUGGGCCUGAUGACUUUGUUAUCGCCAUUGUAGGGAGCCAAUUUUUGUACAGAGGUUUGUGGCUGGAGCAUGCCCUCAUUUUACAGGCUUUAAUGCCACUAUUAUCGGACUUGUCAUCUGAUAAUAAUUCGAAUUAUCACCUCAAAAUCAUUAUUUUAAGUGGGGAUUCAACCAGUAACUACAGCAUGGCUGUGGAGGCCAUUACUCUUAGUUUAGGAUAUCCAAGGGGCAUUGUGAAGCAUUUCUCUGUAGAUGGGGAUGCAGACAGUAUAUUGAGCAUGGUUGAUCUUGUGAUAUAUGGAUCAUUCCUUGAAGAGCAAUCUUUUCCUAAAGUUCUGUUAAAAGCCAUGUGCUUUGGGAAACUAAUCAUUGCUCCAGAUCUCUCGGUGAUCGGGAAAUAUGUUGAUAACAGGGUGAAUGGUUAUCUUUUCCCAAAAGAGAAUGUCAGUGCUCUGACACAAAUUGUUUUGCAAGUGAUCUCAAAAGGAACUUUAUCGCCUCUGGCUCGCAAUAUAGCUUCAAUUGGAAAAAGUACUGCUAAAAACCUGAUGGUUUUGGAAACUGUUGAAGGUUAUGCUUUACUACUUGAAAAUGUCCUCAAGUUCCCAUCAGAAGUCGCUCCUCCCAAGGCUGCUUCAGAGAUCCAUCCCAAACUGAAAAAGGAAUGGCAAUGGCAUCUCUUUGAAGAAUUUACAGUUUCAAAUGUGAAUAGAACCUUACAAACUAUUAGAUUUUUGGACAAGGUCGAGAAGCAGUGGAAUGGAAGUAGAGCAAAAAGUUCUGGUGAUUUAACUACUAAAGAUGAAACGUUCUUUUAUAGCAUAUGGGAGGAAGAAAAUUUUAUUGAGAUGGCCAAAGCUAGAAAGAGAAGAGAGGAAGAGCUGUUAAAGGAUAGAACUGAUCAACCGCAUGGAACAUGGGACGAUGUAUAUCGAAAUGCCCGAAGGGCUGUUCGGUUGAAGAAUGAUUUGCAUGAGAGGGAUGAUGGGGAGCUUGAAAGGACAGGCCAACCAUUGUGCAUCUAUGAACCUUAUUUUGGGGAAGGAGUCUGGCCAUUUUUACACCAUACUUCGCUUUAUCGUGGAAUUGGACUGUCCACAAAAGGUCGAAGGCCUGGGGCAGACGAUAUUGAUGCACCUUCUCGUCUUCCCAUUCUCAACAACCCCUACUACAGAGAUGCCCUUGAUGAAUAUGGAGCCUUUUUUGCUAUGGCCAAUCGGACAGACCGUGUACACAAGAAUGCUUGGAUAGGGUUUCAGUCUUGGAGGGCAACAGCAAGGAAGGCAUCUUUGUCUAAGAUUGCUGAAUAUGCACUGUUAGAGGAUAUCCAGGCACGGAGGCAUGGAGAUACACUUUAUUUUUGGGUUCGCAUGGACAUGGAUCCUAGAAACCCUUUGCAACAGGAUUUUUGGUCAUUCUGUGAUGCUAUAAAUUCUGGAAACUGCAAAUUUGCUUUUUCCAAGGCUCUUAGAAAAACUUAUGGCAUAGCACAUGAUCGAGAAUAUUUACCACCUAUGCCUGUAGAUGGUGGCACAUGGUCUGUCAUGCACAGUUGGGUUUUGCCUACAAGAUCAUUUCUCGAGUUUGUAAUGUUUUCGAGGAUGUUUGUGGAUGCAUUGGAUGCAGAGUUUUAUGAUGAGCAUCAUGGAAAUGGGCACUGCUAUUUGAGUAUAUCGAAAGACAAGCAUUGCUACUCUCGAUUGCUAGAGUUGCUGAUAAACGUCUGGGCAUACCAUAGUGCAAGGCGGAUGAUAUAUGUGAACCCUGAGACUGGUGUUAUGCAGGAACAGCACAGGUUAAAUGAUCGGAGAGGUAAAAUGUGGGCCAAAUGGUUUUCAUACAUCACCCUUAAGAGCAUGGAUGAGGAGCUGGCUGAGGAAUCAGACACCGAUCAUCCCUCAAGACGGCGGUUAUGGCCCUCAACAGGUGAGGUGUUUUGGCAAGGGGUAUAUGAAAGGGAGAGGAAUCUACGGUACAAGCAGAAGGAGAAGAGGCGGCAAAAAAGCAAGGAUAAGAUUGCCAGGAUAAGAAACCGCCCACACCAAAAGGUAAUAGGAAAGUAUGUGAAGCCCCCGCAAGAAGAGAUGGAAAAUUUGAACUCAACGAUGGUUAAGGCAAGAAGGCUUUCAAGAUAGAUUUAGUCUUAGCACAGUGUAAUUCGAUGAUUCUUUUUUAGUUUUCUUUACUUAUAUUCUUUUUGUUCUUUGUAUUUGCGAGAAAAGGUGCGUAGGUUUGUAUACUAUUAAUGAGGGUUCUGUAUGUAAAACAGUUGACGCUGGUGACUAGUGCAAUUGUAUUGUAGUUUUCUUUUCAUCUUUUAAGGUGAAGAAAAAGGAGGAAAAGAGAGGGCUUUGGAUUGGCGUUUCUUAA